AUGAAUGGAAUGAUCGAGUCGUUUGCAUCGUUGAUCAAGAGCUCGAAUCUAGAAAGGAUAGGUUUAGGAUUUAGUGGGUUGAUGGUGAAAGUAGACCAAAAUCCAUUUCCACCAAGCUUUGAACCUCAGUACCUGGACUUAAAUGCAUGUCUUUUGGGAGGAACUAUCCCGGAUUUCAUAUCGAAUCUGACCCGGGUUAGAUUCUUGACUUUAUCCUACAACAACUUGUCAGGAUCAAUUCCCUCUUGGCUAUUUAAUCUACCAAAACUCGGUUACUUGGAUCUGUCUUUCAAUCAACUCCAAGGAGUUCUCCCACCCCACAUUGAGUUACACUCAUUUGAGGGACCAACAACAUUGAAUUUAGCAAGCAAUCAACUUCGGGGAUCCAUUCCUCCCCUGCUUGAGAAUGUCGAAGCUGUAGACUUUUCGGGGAACAAUUUCACAGGCUACAUACCAUUAGAGCUUGGAACUGGGGAAGUUAAAUAUUUAUCACUCUCUAGAAACAAACUUCAUGGUCAGAUACCCUCAUCUUUCUGUCAUUCAAACAAGAAGUUGAUGCUCAUUGAUCUUUCUAACAACAGUCUGGAAGGAACAGUUCCCACCAGUUUGGGAAAUUGCACUUCUCUCAUUUUUUUGAACCUUGGAGGGAACAACCUUGGUGGAGAAUUUCCUGAUGGCUUGGAGGGUGCAAAAAGUUUGAGUUAUCUUGACAUUACAGGAAGUCAUUUUGGAGGCCUAUUUCCAGGAUUCAUUCUGAAACUUCAGGAUUUGGGUGUUCUUAAGCUGGGGUAUAAUAGAUUCCAAGGAAAGAUACCUCCAUCCAUUGGAGACCUCCAAAACCUCCGAAUUCUCGUCCUGGAAUCUAAUUUCUUCAAUGGUUCAAUUCCUCCAGAGAUAAACAAGCUGGAAAAGCUACAAUAUGUAGACUUGUCAAGCAACAAGCUUUCAGGUUCCAUCCCUGAAAGACUAAAUGGUUUCAAGAUGAUGAGAACUCGACCUCAGGAUGGAAAUCUCCUCGGUUAUGUCAUCUCAUCCAUGUAUACAGGAGUAGAGCUAGACAUGGUGAGUAAGGGAUUGUUUCAAAAACAUGAGGUCGUCCGGACGUAUCUCAAUGGCAUAGAUUUCUCUGCCAACUCUCUUACAGGACACAUUCCUUCAGAAAUAGGCCUUCUAAAGGGACUCUAUAUGCUCAAUCUCUCACACAAUCAGCUCUCUGGUGAGAUCCCAAUCACCAUUAAUGAAAUGUCUGGUUUGGAGUCCCUGGACCUGAGUUUCAACAACCUGAGUGGGAAUAUUCCUACAGCAAUCACAUUUCUAGACUAUCUCUCUGCUUUUAACUUAUCCUACAACAAUUUCAGUGGUAGAAUUCCAACAGGGCAACACUUUGACACAGUGAACAUAGAUGGAUCAGCCUAUACCGGAAAUGAGUUCUUGUGUGGAGUGCCAUCGAUAUCAAAUGUCAUGACAAUGAUUCUUCAGGUUCAGAAACGAGUGUUGAUGUUGAGGAUUCUAGGCAGGAGAUGUUUUAUGCAGCUGUAG